CAGAAACAACUCUCCAAUUCUAUGCUCGAUAUAUCCUACAUCUUCCGGCUCUUUGACUUGAGCACCUUCACAUCACAUAUAUCGUCCCCCUUCCUUUCUAGCUUACCCCAAACAAGGCACAAUCAAAUACUCGUAGAAUACCAAUACCAUUUCCAGUCUAUUUUAUUUUUUGAGAUGGAGUUAAGGUGA